AUGUCAAAGCGUAAUUCGAAUCCUGGUGCUAAUACACUCUUCAAUUAUUUUACUAAAACUCCACCUUGCAAUAAAAAACUAAAACCUACUGAUGAUUCUGAGACCGAUAAUCGUUUAAAUUCUCCAGUGAGCAGUAAAAAAGGGAAUAAAACUGAAAGCAAGAAGCGGGAGAGGCAAGCGACACCUUCACCCGAGCCAAGAAAGAGUGAUAGUGAAGACGACGUUCCAGUUGUUGUUAAAAAGAGGAAAAGAAUUAGACUUAACCCAGUUGACUCCGAUGACUCUGACAUUGAAAACAAAGUAGAUAAUAAGCUUGAUUCACCAGAGGAUAAGGUUUCUUUAUCCACAAAGAAGUUACAGGAUAAUUUCUCUUUUGGAUCUCCUAAGAGUGCAUCACCUAAAGUCUCCAAAACUAAAACAAUUUCAAAUGAAGCUCCGCCCACCAUCAAAGAAGAACCAAGCAGCCAAUACACAGAUGAUGGUAACUGGGUUCAUUGUAAACUGGAUUGGCUGAAACCCGAGAAAAUCAGAGACGCUAUGAAAAGGAAACCAGAUCAUCCCGACUAUGAUCCCAGCACUUUAUAUGUUCCACCGGAAUUUAUGAAGAGUCAAACACCAGCUCACAGGCAAUGGUGGGAAAUGAAGUCCAAGUACUAUGAUUGUGUUUUUUUGUUCUUCAAAGUGGGAAAAUUCUAUGAGCUGUAUCACAUGGAUGCUGCUGUUGGGGUCAAUGAACUUGGAUUCUCUUACAUGAAGGGGGAUUUCGCUCAUUCUGGUUUUCCCGAAAGUGCUUACUCUCGUAUGGCAUCAACAUUAAUAUCUAAAGGAUAUAAAGUAGCCAGAAUUGAACAAACUGAAACACCUGACAUGAUGCAGGAGAGAUGUAAAAGAAAUGGUACAAACAGUAAAUUUGAUAAGGUAGUGAGUAGGGAGGUGUGUCAGAUUGGUGUUCGAGGAGUGCAGACUGGAGGGUUGGCUGAACCAUUACCGAGCACGGCCAGAGCUGAAUACUUGUUUGGUAUUGCUGAAGAGGAAUACAAUGGCGUUAGCAAGUACGGCGUGUGUUUUGUAGAUACAACGACGGGACAGUUCUACAUCGGUCAGUUUGAAGAUGACAAACAUUCAUCACGUCUCCUCACCACCGUUGCACAUUAUCCACCAGCCUUAAUAGUAUUCGAUCGUAAAACAACAAGUGCUCGUACAAGUAGAUUGUUGGCAACACAUUGUCACAACGCGAGACGUGAACCUACUACACUAUGGUCUUCAGAAAAGACUUUGAAGACUUUAGCUGAGAAAUAUUAUAAAACUGAUGGCGACGGAAAUGGCCUAGCGGGAUUACACCUUUUUUACAUGAGGGUAUGUGAUGUGUUGGGUCUCACACCGGCAGCCAACUGUUCCUUGGCCGUUCAAGCUUUAGGAGGUUGUGUAUUGUAUUUAACACAAUGUUUGUUAGACAUUCAAGUACUGGGUAUGGCUCAGUAUAAUAGAUAUGUACCGCCUGAUAUGCUAAAUAGCACCUUAACAGAAGUGAAUAACGAUCAAAAUGACUGGCAAGGCGGUAGUACUAUGGUGUUAGAUGCGAUCACAUUGAAAAAUCUACGUAUAGUACAAGAUGAGGGCUGUUUGUAUGACAGAUUGAACUUUUGUUCUACAGCUAUGGGAAAAAGGUUAUUACAUCAAUGGCUAUGUUCACCGAGUUGCAAUAUAUCAGUUAUAAAGCAAAGACAAGAAGCUGUGAAGAUAUUGUAUGAAAAUCAAGAACUUUGUCAAGAUGUGAAAACUAUAUUGACCAGUUUACCCGACCUAGAGAGAUUAUUGGCUAAAAUACACAUCCUUGGUAACUCAACAAGAGCAAAAUGUCAUCCGGACUCCAGAGCUAUAUUUUAUGAAGAAAAAACUUAUUCCAAGAGAAAAGUAUUAGAUUUCAUUCUAUUGUUGAAUGGGUUUACGUCUAUAUUGAAGCUGGUAGAUUUAUUCUCUGAUGUGGAUUCAGAUUUAUUGAAGAAAUUAACACAAUUCGCUCCAGAAGGAAGAUUCCCUGACUAUAGAGAUACUUUGAAAUUUUUCAAGGAGGGUUUCAACCAACAAGAGGCGGAGAAAGAAGGUCGUAUAUUACCUGGUAGCGGUGUUGACGCCGACUACGACAACACUAUACAACUGAUACAGAACAUACAGGAUGAAUUGAAGGAGUAUUUGAGUGAGCAGGAGAGAUACUUCAAGUGUCGGUUAACGUAUGUUGGAACUGAUAAGAAACGUUAUCAAAUAGAAGUGCCACAGAGCGCUGCGGGGAAGGCGAACUCAGAUUACCAUCUAGAAGGUGCUAGGAAAGGAUUCAAGAGAUAUUCUACAGUAGAAACAAAGGAUCUCCUGGCGCGAAUGAUCGCCGCCGAAGAAAAGAAAAGUAACGUGUUGAAAGAUCUUAGUAGAAGAAUGUUCGAGAAAUUCUCAUCGCACCAGCACCAGUGGGAAAUGGCGACCAAAUGUAUCGCUGCUAUCGAUAUACUGUUAGCAUUCACAGAGUUCGCUAGACAACAAACCGGGGAUAUUUGUAUACCAGAAAUAACGUAUGAUAAGGAUCAAGAGCCCUACAUAGAUAUAGUCGAGGGUCGUCACCCAUGUAUUUCCAUACCAGAGUUUAUUCCUAAUGACACAAAACUGGGAGGUGACAACCCUCGCUUGUUGCUACUAACUGGACCCAACAUGGGCGGCAAGUCUACUCUCAUGAGACAAGUGGGACUACUCACUGUGUUGGCGCAUCUGGGUUGUCACGUACCAGCUUCAGAGUGCCGUCUGAGUGUGUGUGACCGUAUCUUCACCAGACUGGGAGCUUCGGAUGACAUUCUGUCCGGUCAGUCGACGUUCUUGGUUGAAAUGAAUGAAACAGCGGCCAUAGUGAAGCACGCGACCAAACACUCGCUAGUACUACUGGAUGAAUUGGGUCGCGGUACAUCAACGUAUGACGGUACGUGUAUCGCGUGGUCAGUAUGUUGGUGGCUGGCUGGUCGCUCGUGUCGCUCGCUGUUCUCAACACACUACCACUCACUGGUCCACCACUUAGCUGAUCAUCCCUCCGUACUACUAGGACAUAUGGCAUGCAUGGUGGAAACUGAUGAAUCAACGCCCGAUGAUGACAAUAUACCAGAGGAAACAAUAACCUUUCUAUACAAGCUCUCUCCCGGCGCAUGUCCCAAGUCUUACGGCUUCAACGCGGCGCGGCUGGCGGGGAUUCCCCGGGAAAUAACGCAACGAGCACACACGAUAUCACGCAACUUAGAGAGGGAGGCGACGUGUGUACGAGCCUUUAGAGAUGUCACCAAAACAGAUAACGCGGCUGAGUUAAGGAAAAUAUUGUCAGCAUUGACCAUAUAA